UAAUAAAACAUGAGUUUUUUAUUUAAAAAAUUAAAGUUUAAAAAAUAUUACAAUAAGACCAAGCGUCAAUUGACAAAUUUGUAUUAUUUGCCAAAAUUUAAUCGCUUAUUAACUAUGUUAACAAUUGAGGACAAUAUGGAUAUCAUUGAUCAGAUAUGUGAUACAAUCAACAACAAAAAUGUCAAGUCAAAGUACGCUAUUAAAGCUAUUGAAGAUAUGAUGUUAUAUAACGAUGACCUUACCGUUAAAUUAGCGGCACUUAAUCUUUUAGAUGCUUGCCUGAAAAACUGUGGCCAACCGUUUCACUUUGAAGUGUUAACCAAUGAUUUUAAUCAUACAUUAGUUGACAUUAGAAAUCUGUUUAAACCAACAAACAAUUUGGCAAUUGAACACAAUAUAUUAUCCUAUAUUGAUAAUUUCAAUCAAAAUUAUUAUGAUUAUUAUACAGCCCUAAAUGAUCUAAUCGAUAUAGUUGACUUAUUGAUCGACCAGGUGACAUCAUCAUUGAACGUCCAAACUAACAAAUUACGUUAUGGCGACCUUGGUGAUGGUGAUGGUGAUGGUGAUGGUGAUGGUGAUGGUGAUGGUGAUGGUGAUGGUGAUGGUGAUGGUGAUGGUGAUGGUGAUGGUGAUGGUGAUGGUGAUGGUGAUGGUGAUGGUGAUGGUGAUGGUGAUGGUGAUGGUGAUGGUGAUGGUGAUGGUGAUGGUGAUGGUGAUGGUGAUGGUGAUGGUGAUGGUGAUGGUGAUGGUGAUGGUGAUGGUGAUGGUGAUGGUGAUGGUGAUGGUGAUGGUGAUGGUGAUGGUGAUGGUGAUGGUGAUGGUGAUGGUGAUGGUGAUGGUGAUGGUGAUGGUGAUGGUGAUGGUGAUGGUGAUGGUGAUGGUGAUGGUGAUGGUGAUGGUGAUGGUGAUGGUGAUGGUGAUGGUGAUGGUGAUGGUCAAGCACAGGUAGCCGAAACGGUAGUCAAUGAUAAUCAAAAUGACCAUAGAGUUGAUCGUCCAUCAGUAUCGUUGGAACAGUCAGAUAAUUAUAAUAAUAAUAAUGAUAGCGAUAACAGUGAUCUACAGGAGCGCCGAUUUCGUAUCUAUUGUCCAAAUUACGAUCCGAUAGUAUCGGAAGCCGAUAGUCUAUCACUGACCGCCACUUUCAGGGAAGUGGUAGACAAUUGGUCAGACAAUACAGUCGAUAGUCAUAUGAUUUUGUCAGUAAAGUCUAGUCGUUUGAUAAACAGAGAAAACUACCGAAAAUUGUCAUUAGUGGUGACGGCCAACACUGUCGACGAUAAACAGGCAUUGAUUAUGGCAGCCAAACGACAGGGUAUUACAUGUAAACAAUAUGAUCACCAAAUGCAUCAAAAUAACGUUGUCUACUGUAAGCUAUGUUUGACAGAUAUAGCGAAAAACAAAUGCCAACAGUUUGCCCGCAACUGUCGACACGUGUUUUGUCGGGUAUGUUUGGCCCAGUAUUUGGACAGUAAGAUAGCUGAUGGUUGGAUAGAUAAUAUCAACUGUCCCGACAACCAGCGAUGCAACAGUAAGGCAUCGUAUGAGUUGAUAUGUCGACUGUUGAGCCGUAAAUCGCUGGUCAGAUAUUAUAAACUGUUGGUCAAGAAAACUGUAGAUACUAUGGAUGAUAUGGCCUAUUGUCCCAAAUGUAACGAUUCGGUUGAGAUCGACACCAACCGUAUGUAUGGCUAUUGUCUGGAUUGCGAUUACGCGUUUUGCACGGGUUGUAGCCGUAAAUAUCAUGGCCGGCAACGCACGUGCAUUGAGGUCAACGACGAUCGGGUUAAACGGCAACACGCGGUCGAAAAUCGCGAAUCAGAAGAGUUUAUUCGCACGCAUUUCAAACAGUGUCCCAAAUGUCGGAUACGGUGUGAGAAAAUUGAUGGCUGCAAUCAUAUGCAAUGUAAAAUGUGCAUGGUACAUUUUUGUUGGCUAUGUUUGGAUGAUAUUACUGAUAAUGAACAGGUUCAAUUUGAACACUGGUCAGCUAAAUGUAAACUAUUUGAUUAUAACGAUAGUGAUGAUGAAAGUGAUGACAAUAAUGACGCUGAUAUUUAA